CUAUAUAUAGGACUAGUAGAAUCACUCACAGAACACACAAUUGAAUUGCUAACUAGAAGAACAAGAAGAAGAAACAUUAUUUUAGAUAAGAUGAUGCAUGCCAACGAAACAGAAGCAUUACCGUGCGCUGGAGGUUGUGGACUCUUCGGGACACGAACGAACAAUAAUCUCUGCUCCCUUUGCUACAAAAAGAGUGUUCUUGAACAGUUGGCCACUCUCAAACUUGAGUCCAAGCCCGAGCCAUCAACAGUUCCCACGAGAAGUCCAACAGUUGCCGUACAAGAACCGGUUAGAAAACAUAGAUGCGAAACGUGUCAUAGGAAAAUAGGGAUGACAGGAUUCAGCUGCAGAUGCGGACACAUGUUUUGUGGGUCACAUCGGUAUCCCGAGGAGCAUUCUUGUCCUUUUGAUUACAAACAAUCUGGACGCCUCGCAUUGGCCAAGCAGUUGCCUUUGACUAGAGCUGAGAAGUUGCAUAGGUUUUAGUCAUAGUUUGUCUUAGAUAUUGAAAACAAAAUUUGUUGUUAUUUUUAAAUCUUUAAAUGAUCAGUAUACACUUUUUUAUUUCCAAGAUUCUGAGCAUUAUGAUCCAACUAGAAAAGCUGAAUCGAAGUUGUCCUUUUUUGUUCAAGUAGCAAAAAAAAUGUCAUAAAAUAGCCAACGGGAAAAUAAACUAAAAAUUUGAAUUUAAUAGAAGUAACAUAAACCAGACCGGGAAGCAAAAGCAACUGAAUUAUAUUUUGGAGUAGUGAAGAACUUGUGAUAAGAUGCACAAUAGCUGUAUAAUGCAAAAAUAAAUAAAACUUAAACAACCAAAUACUGAAAUGCUAAUGAUGGCCUCUGUGUC